AUGUUAAUAUCAGAUCGAUGUUAUCAAUUAACUGUUGCUUUACAAUCGAUGUCAACACGAAUUUCCUGUGAAAAUGCUCAAAUGGCAUCAACUCAACUUAUUCAAUGUGCUUCAAAUAUUUUAACAGCUGUUAAUGGACCAUUACAAGAAAGAACAAUUGUACUUGAUUUAGAUUCAUCACGUGCAAAUACAUUACCAACUGAUUAUGAUACUGAUCUGGAAUCUGAGUGGUCAAAUCCAAAUUUAUUUGCUGAUGGAAAUGAUUUUUCGCGUGCAACAAUUGAUAAAAAUCGAAAUAUUUAUUAUCAAAAACAAUUAGCAAAUGAAAUAACAAAUCAAACAAAUAAAAUAAUUUCAUUAUUAACAUCUUCAUUAAAUAUUCAAUUAAAUAUUGGUCAAAAUUCAACAAUAAAUACAUCUCAAACAUUUAUGUCAUUAUCAACAAUAUCAAUUAAUUCUCUUUCAAAUAAACAAAUUCAACAAAUAGAUAACGCACAAUUCAAUAUUCCAUCUAAUAUUAAUAUCAAUAUAACUAAUAAUUCAGCAAUAUCAAUUCGAUCAAUAAUGAAUACACUUGCUUCAUUUGAUAAAUCUCAAUCGAAUACAAAUCUUUCAAGAUUAAUUUCGCUUUCAAUUCUUGAUCAAUAUGGAAAUCAACUUCCUUUCGAAACAAAUUCAAAUCAAACAAUUCAAUUAAUUAUACCACGUGAUCAAAAUCUUCUUAUUCCUGAUAUGAUUUUACAAAAUGUUACUUCAACUAAUACAACUCUUCAAAAUCAAUUAUUUUAUUUAAGUUAUAUUAAUAUUACAAAUCAACUUUCAAUUUCAGUUCAUUUUGAAAUUUCUCCAUUAAAUAUAAAUCUUGCUUAUUUAUUUAUUUAUAAAUUUGAUCAAACACCAUUAUUAAAUAGUUCAAUUAAUCUCAUUGAUGGAUGGACAUUAUUUUGUCCUUCAUCAAAUUUAACAAAUGAAACUAUUUAUAAAUAUUUUAUGAAUAACCAACAAACAUCUGGACAUCAAUCAUUAAUAUUUGGUUUAAGAGAAUUAAAUUCAACAGAAAUUAUUGAUUAUUGUUCAAAUAAUAAUAAUACUAAUAAUGAUCUUCCGAUUACAGAUGAAAAAUUUAAUUUUACAUCAAAUUAUCAACUUCGUAUAUAUACAUCUGGUUGUUAUUAUCUUGAUCAAAAUAAUCAAUAUAAAUCAGAUGGAGUAAUUGUUGGAUCAUUAACAAAUCAUUAUGAAACUGAAUGUUUAUCAACUCAUUUAACAUCAUUUGCUGGUGGUUUUAUUGUUUUACCAGAACCAAUUAAUUGGAGUUAUGUUUUUGCCAAUGCUGGUUUUAUGAAAAAUAAAACAAUUUAUUUAACAAUUAUUUGUAUGUCUAUUGCUUAUAUUAUUUUGAUGAUUUUUGGACGUUUUAAAGAUAAAAAAGAUAUUGAAAAAUUAGGAGUAACACCAUUACCUGAUAAUGAUAAAUC